UUACCCCUCGUCCUACAACCACAACAUCAACAACCACCACCACACCCAUGCCGACCACACCCAUGCCGACCACCACUACAACCACGCCCACCACCACGACCACGCCCACUACAACUACAACCACGCCCACCACGACAACCACUUCCGUAUUAGAGCUAGCACGCAGUGUGUGUUCAGAUAGACAGACCGACAUAGUUUUUGCCUUUGAUUCCUCCAACAAUGUGCGAACGAAUGAAUUUUACCAGCAAGUCGACUUCGCUAAGAAUAUGAUUGAGCUGAUGUCCAUAUCUCCUGAGACUACAAGAGUUGCGGCAUUCCUUUACAGCGACCAGAUUCAGCGGAUAUUUGAACUUGACGAUUUUGCUGACGCAGAGAGCAUGAAAGAAUCUUUAAACAAGGUCACUAAAUCAGCUGGACGAUCUCGAAUGAGCGAGGCUCUUAGGUAUAUCCGAACAAAGACUUUCCGAAGAAGGGUUGCCAGGGACGACGCCUCCCAGGUAGCAAUUAUUAUAACCGGAAGUCCCGCUAUGUACCUCCACCGUUCAAAGAUCGAAGCUUCCAGGGCACGAGAGGCAGGAAUUACUCUUAUCCCGAUCGGAAUUGGUGACGUCAACAUUGAAGAGCUUCGAGCUAUAUCUGGCACGGAGGAGGAUGGUAUUUACUAUACACUGCCCUCCUUCGAUGACAUGCAGACCAUCUUAGCGCAACUGGCCAUUCAAUCCUGUAAUG